GACCACAGCGUGCCCGUGAGACUGUCACCUCUGUCCUGCUCUUGGCGAAGCCGGAGUCUGCGAGAUGGACAAGCGGCAUUGGAGGCUGACCUGCAGUUGGGAAUCAUAACCACGGGAGUGAGGAGAAAAGUCUUCACCGGUUUCACCCUUUUCAUCAACUCCCCAGGCUCUACUGAAUAUCGUCAGGAUGACAUUCGCUGCAUAGACGCAGGUGGUGUGCUGUAGGUGAGCGGUGCGGUGCGGUGCGGAGCGGAGAGGAGGAGGAGGAGGAGGAAGAGGUGGACGUGGCCAAGGACCUGUGGAGAGACAUGGCCGCCUCUGGCCUGCCGUAGAGUACCGGACCUGUCAGCAGAGAGGGAGACUGCUGGAGCUGAGAACAGACUACAGGGGGAGGAUGAAGUUGAAGGGGAGGUCGGUGCAGUGGCCACUGCAGGUUGUCCUCCUUAUCACCGUGGUGACAUUCUACUGCCGGCCGGUGUCCGCGGGCAACCGUUACCUACGGGGACACACCGCCCACUACCAGGUGAAGCAGGGCACGUGUGAGGUGGUGGCCAUCCACCGCUGCUGCAAUAAGAAUAAGAUCGAGGAGCGCUCCCAAACUGUCAAGUGCUCCUGUUUCCCAGGCCAGGUCGCCGGGACGACACGGGCACAGCCCUCCUGCGUGGAAGUGUCCAUCGUGGCGCAGAAGUGGUGGUGUCAGAUGCACCCGUGCCUGGAUGGCGAGGAGUGCAAAGUGCUUCCUGAUCUCACUGGCUGGUCCUGCGCCACUGGAAACAAAGUCAAAACCACCAAGGUCACACGAUAGCAAGAAAAUGUCAUAACAUCAGCUGGAUCUGCAGUGUGAGCCUAAGCCCAUGGAUCCACAUAUGAACUGAGAGAACAGCGCCUGUCUGGACUAGACUGUAUCCCUGUAGUUUUCUGGCGGAUUACCCAACCCAACUGACCUGGGCACCAGGGCAAAGACUCCUAGAUGGGAACCAUACUGUGAACCAUUUAGACCAAAAUCCACAAAAUGGUGGUUGUGUUUGUGUGUGGCUGUGUGUGUGUGUGUGCGUAACACCACGUGCAAAACAUGAACUCUCUUCACCUAAAGGACACCGCCACCAACAGGGAUUGAUCGUUGGGUGACCGUUAAGACUCACCAUCCUCUCCUAGCGAACAGAGACGCUAUUAAGACAAGACUGCUGCACCCUGACAGUUUUUGAAUGUGCAUUCCGUCUCUCUCUCUCUCUCUCUCUCACUCUCUCUCUCCCCCUCUAUCUCUCUCUCCCUCCCUCUCUCUCUCUCUCUCUCUCUCUCUGUCUGCCCACCACUGGGAGUGUGUUUAUGGAAGAGUGCUUGGAUGUCCUUUUGAGGCGGGAGGCUGUCGAGUCGUACUGCUCCUUGCCUUCUUAACCAGAGUGACUUUAUAUUCAUGAGAAGGGACGCAAAACACACAGAAGGCGUGAAUCACAAACUAUUGUCAAAUUGCUCUUGUGGGUCAAGUCACGAUCAUAUCUCCCCCCGCCCCCCUCCCCGUUUUCUCUCUUUUUUUCUUGAAGUCAUUUUGCAGCUCUAAUUAGGGUUGUUGAAUAGGAUUAUAACAACACAUUAAAAAUGUAUGUAAGAUAUUUGCACUAGUUUAAACCAUUUGGAAGAAAAAUGUUGUUUCUAGCUACUUCUCCCGUCUUUCGCUGUGGAUGUCGCAUACAAUUAAAGAGAGAAUCAUUUUAUAACAUAUCUGGCUCUGAUGUUUAAAGUAGGGCUGUUAGUCCCCUCUUCUAGUUGCUGGUAAAAUGCAAGUAAAAGGAAGGUCCUGCUGAAAGCCACUUGUGGAAUAUUGUCUUUUCCUUCGAGACAGCAGUAUUUACAUUUUCAAUGUACUGUUUGGUGUCCGCAGUUCAACCAAAGACUAACUGUUG